AUGCAGGGCUCUUCGAUUCUCUGUUGUUCUUCAAGCUCGCUCUCACUCUCAGCUCCUAAUAGAUUUACACUUCUCUCAAGAAGACAGCAUGUUAAUUCUAUUACUAUUUCUUCAUUUCCCAGUAAAUUGGUGUCGACUUCUUUGCAUAUAUACCAAUCUACGCACUCCGCUCUUCACUCUACUGCUACUCAAGAGAUCGUUGAAACCAGUUCUUCUGAUUCAGAAUUUGUGGAAGUUGGUUACAUUUCUAGUGUUCAUGGGCUUCAAGGAGAGGUUCGUGUGAAGCCUAUCACUGAUUUUCCCCAUCUACGCUUUUCCAAGCGAGGAAGACGAUGGUUGAGGCAGCAAGUUUCAGGAAAUGAGUCCCUUCAAGAAAUUGAACUGGUGGAGAGCCGUGGACACCUGGGACAAAGUUGGAUAUUAAAAUUCAACGAAAUUGACACAGUGGAACAGGCACAGAAACUCGUAGGGUCAACUAUGUUGGUAACGAAAGACGAUAGACCUGUGUUAGAGGAAGGCGAGUUCUACACACAUGACCUUAUUGGAAUGACAAUUGUUCUUAAGGAAACUUGUGAACCAGUGGGUACCGUUAUCGAAGUUUUUAACAGUGGAGCAAGCGAUCUUCUACGUGUUAGGCUUCAUUCCAUGAAUAAUAUACCUAACCAAACUGGAAAGUCAAAACUUGAGGCAGGUGCUUCUGGUCCUUUGGUGUGGAUACCAUUUGUUGAAGCAAUUGUUCCAAAUGUUGAUAUGGAGAAAGGAGAAAUGUUGAUUACUCCUCCUAAGGGUCUACUAGAGUUAAAUAUUCGCCAUGAUGAGAGGUCCAAGAAAGAAAGACGUGAGCUGGAAUGGAAAGAAAGAAAAAAGUUCCAAAGACGCCUCAUAGCAGCCAAAAAGAAACUGUGUGAGAUGGAACAGCAACAUUUAUUUCAUGGGUUUAGACAUGGAGAGAAAGAUCAGAGGAACUUGCUUGCGAAUCAGAUAGUAACUGUAAAUUCAAAGUUGCUUCAACAGGCUAUGCAAAAUAUUGAGACCCCCUCUACAAGGCGGAAUCUGCUAGAGAUUUUGAAUGCUGUACCAGGGAGAAACACACUAAAAGUAUCUGCUAAUUCUGUUUCUGCUGGAAGCUGGGAGCAGUCUGGCCCAUAUUCCAAACUGCUAAGGUUGGGUCACCACCUGACAUCUCAGGGAAAGAUUGCCACCGUAUUAGUUUUGAAGGAAGGCAUAGAGAUCGAAAGGAGUUCUAAUCUUAGUCCAGUUAAUUCGGAGAGAGACAAGAAUGCAUGUCUGCUUUUAAAGACGUUUCUAGAUGACGACCAGAGAUUUAUAAAGACAGAAGAUAGAUCAUCUGUGCCUCUGAUAUUGGUCUGUCAAGCUCAUUCAGUUGGUUCUCUGCAAGAACUAUUCUCAGUACACGACUACUUUUCUUUUGAUUCUGAGAAGGUCUGGUUUUUGGAAGAAGAGAAGCUUCCAGUUGUCAGUAGCUUGCUCGAUGGAGUUAACAAUCAUAAGAUAUUGAUGGAAUCACCAUGGGAGUUCCUCCAGACACCUGUUGGUUCUGGAGGCGUUAUCAGUUCACUUGCCACACAGAACUUGAUGGAUCAUCUUGCUGAAAUAGGCGUGGAGUAUAUUAAGGUUUGCAGUAUUGAUAAAAAUUAUGAGAAUAGUCAUACACUUCUUGGCCUUGUUGAUUCGUGCAAAGCAAAUGUUGGAAUUCGACUCUUCAAGGAUAUGACGUUAGAGGAAAAUUUCGACCUGAUAUUCUCCAUAAAUUUCAUGAAGAGAUUGGUGAAGCAGAUAGAUAAGCUUCAGUUUGAUGCUGUUCUUAGUUUAAAUUCACACGUGGCAAAGGUUGAAAAGGAUUGGAUUGAUGUCAUACCCUCUGCUCCCAACUCUUAUGAGUUCAAAAGUUCAAUUUACAGUUGCUUGGAUGCCUGUCCUCUUAAUAAGGUCGCUAUAGGCGACGUUGCUAUGUCGCCUCACCUCAUUCCCUCUCCCUGUUCUACUCCAGCGAACACUCGCAAGCCACCUCGAUGCCGUGUCACAAUGUCAAUUUGUAGCGGCCUUCACAGGCUGCGAAGCUGGAGUUGUGUUGCACGCUCAGUGGUGAGGUGGUGGUGGUGUCAGGUUAGGUUGCUCGCGUUGCGGGUUACAGGUGACGCUGAUGCCUUAGGUGUCGUGGUUACGGCUCUUAUCUUUCAACGACGCUAUCGUAGAUGUGUUGGAUGA